AUGGCGGCAGGAACAGGGCCCUACGCCUACAUCCGAAGUGCUAGGCACGCAUGUUUCAUCGCCCGGAACGAACCCCGUCCUCGACCACGCGCGUUGCUGCCGCUCCCUCCAAGACACUCAUCGUCUGCAGCCUCUCGAACUAUUACCUCGCUCCUGAAAGUGCCUAACAUUAAAUCGCCGAACCCAGCUAUUCUAUGUCAUUCCUCUGGAAAUACACGGGACAGGCGGCUGGCACCCCUGCCCGCUAUGCUACAACGGCGCCGAACACAGACCAGCCACAUCCAGCCGCGCCUGAGAUCCCCUGUACUGAUUCAGGACCGCAUGAUGUUGACAACGAAGAAUUGUCUACCAAUCCCUCAAAUUCAUCCACCAAUCCUGUUGCGGAGGGAACGUCUCCUAGGGUUAGCUCCGAAGAGGUUGAGACUGCACUGA